AUGCCCGAGGGUACUACCCCGGCUCGGGGCGCCAGCAGAGCUCGCGGACGAGGAGCCGCCAGAGGCAGAGGAGGCCGCCAAGCUUCUAGUUCUACACCCAGCGGCGACACUCCUGCGCCGACUUCGAGACCUUCUUCGGCCCUUGGAACCGCUUCAGCAACCGUCACACCCUCCAGAUCCGAGCCCGCAACGCGGCAAUCCACACGAGGUACCUCGACAGGCAGAUUUCGACCCAGAGUUGUCCGCAGAGAUGAGGCGUCGCGAGACGUCCUCGCUCGACAGGAGCAGGACAAAGAUAACGCGAGGGCCAAGGCGGAGGCUCGCGCACAAGCUCGUUCCCGCGGUCGCAGUCGGAGAGCUCGAGGAGAUGCCAUGGGCAGAGGCGGAAUGAUGGGCCGGACUGCCGUUGCAAGUGGCCCUUUCUCGCAAAUACACUUUGAAGGAGGCUCGAGAUCCUCUGGGGGAUGGGGAGGUGGCGGCGGCGGCGGCGGUGGUGGUUCUGGCGGUGGAUUCUUCGGCGGAGGCGGCCGUGCUAAGAGCGAACGGGGUGCCUUUGGGGAGGCAUCUGGUCGUCGCGAAGCUAGAAUCAAUGCCGAUAGACUCGCUGGACACCUGGUCGACCGAGAACCCGAUUCCGAUGACGAAGCGACGGCAGCCCUAGUGAACUCAAAGCCCGAUAACAUCUGGCCCAUGGGCAUCGCGCGAAUCGACAAAAAGGAAGAAAAGAAGGUUAUUGCGACAACAGCUGAGCUCGAGGCUGCUGAAGACGGCAAGGCGGAAGAAAGUCUCUGGGUCGAAGACGGCCCAUGGUCUGGUCCAACGCCUCAGGUCGGCGAGGAGACGAAGGUCUGGCAUGCAGCACCCAAAGGUGCGGUUCAGGUCAAGGCAGAGCCGGGAGCCGAGUCAGGUGCUAUGGAGAUUGAUCUCAGCAUCGUCAAGUCAGCAAACAACGAGGCUGAGGAGAAGCCUACCCCUGAACCGAAGGUCAAGAAGGCAUUGGCUGACCCUGAGGUGGACAUGAUCGCACAGGACAUGCAGCUCCUGCUGAGCGAGUUGGGCACCGUCUCGGACGAGAACUCAAAAGCACCCGAGAAUGGCGCUGUGCAAGACAAGGAUGGCCGACUCUACCUAUUCCAAUUCCCCCCUCUCCUUCCGCCACUGCAUCCUUCUGCCGCUCCAAAGGUCAAGCCCGAGCCAGACGAUGUCGUCAUGCUCGAUCAGCCGAACGGAGGAUCUGUCGAUCUCACGAAAUCGGAUGAAAACAUCAAGCCAAAGAUUGAGGAAGUUGACAAGAAUAUUGAUCUUACAGAUGUUUCUCAGCUCGUCUCGCAAGCUGGCAUGAUGGGCAAGCUCAAGGUCCGCAAAUCAGGCAAAGUCGAGUUGGAUUGGGGUGGCCGCACUUUGGAGCUCAGUCCUGCCGCAGGUAUGAACUUCUUGACGACGGCAGUGAUUGUGGAGGAGUCGGACGAGAAAACGAGGCAGGGAGUUGUUGGCGGUGACAGUAUUGGCAUGGGCAAGAUCAUGGGCAGAUUCGUUCUCGCUCCGACCUGGGGCGAUGAGGAAGAAUGGGUUGUCGAUCCGGAGGAUCUUGUUAUUGCCGAAGAUUCGGACUGA